CAUAUUUAGUGACCGCGGACUGUGCUUCUCACCUGCUGCCAUCGCUCUUCGCCUCACAUCAUUUCGCUUAAUGUUUGUCUGGUGUUCGAACGGACUCGACGCUGUUGUUGUGUCCACGAGUUGCACGUACAGUAGUUAGAGGCGGAGGCCCUUGAUCCUUGGUGCGGGAAAGCACCGCGCGUGCGGAAAGUGUUUUCUUUUGAUCUCCGACGAGACGGUGGAAGCAACAUGGCUUGUACUAAGUGUACAACUCACCUGAACACCCUCAUCGUUCUCUUAAUCCUCCCCGAAAUAUACAGCGUCACCAUAAAAGACGUGUUCACCAGCACAGAAUCCCUGGUUCGAAUCCCGCGCGACAACAAGUACUACCUCGGCAGGUAUGGCUCAGGGCUCAAAACCGACAGCCCCAGCGAGCGAUCUCUAACUUUAAAGCCUGAAGACACCCCGGAAAAAGACAGCUUACAAAACACCGCAGUCGGAAAAAGGUGCGCUAGGUGUGAUAGUGGGUAUCUGGAUAGGGAUAGAGAUAGAUACGACUAUAGAAACAGAUACGACGAUAGAGAUAUACGGGAUAGACGUAGAGGUGGUUACGAAGACAGAUAUCAAGAUAGAUACGACAGCCGCUACGAGGAUAGAGGUUCGUAUGAUAGAUACGACCGUGAUAGAUACAAUGACCGCUAUCAAGAUCGUUACCAAGACAGAGAUAGGUACGAUGAUCGUAGAUACGAGGACUACGACCGCUACGAUAGAGGUUAUGACCGCGACAGGUCGCGGUAUGACCCUCGUGAUAGAUACAGUGACCGCGGUGUGGGUUAUGAUAACAGAGGUUAUGACUACAGGAGGGGUGAUUAUGAUAGAGGGGAUAAUUAUAGGCCAUAUGAUGAGACCUACCGAGGAACCUCAGGGUUUGAUGUAAACAGUGGACGAGGAUAUUACUAUGCCUCUACAAGACCUGAUUAUGGAUCAAGCUAUGGAGGUAGUGGAGGUAGUGGAGGUUAUGCCAGCAGUUGGAACUACGGAGGAGGAAAGAAUGAUUAUAGAGAUAGAUACAGCAGCGGUGGAGACGGCGGAUAUUACCGCCCACGGGACCCAUACGACGGCGUUGGCGGCGGCUAUCGAGGCACUAGUUAUUUAUACGGAAGACCGUCAUCAACCACCACCGAUCGGCCUACAAGCUCCAAUAACAGUAGCGGCGGCUCUGUCACACAAACCGCCCCCCUUCAACAGGAAACUGCCUCAGGAUAAACACGCAGUAUAAUUUUGCAUUUCUUUUAUGGUUUUAAUUUAUGUAUUAUGGAAUUUGGAACAUUUGGGUACAAACAGAAUUUAAAUCGCAUUUAGCGUUAUCGAGAUAUUAAAAAAAUGAUUUUAGUUAGCCAAUAGUUCAUUUUUUUAUUGAAAAUUACAUACAUUCAUUAAAACCAUAAAAAAUUAAAUUAAGAAAAAUUUUAAUUUACAUCAUAUAGAUUUGCAAUAUAAAAUAGGACACCGUUUUAAACAUUAACCAUACAAGGUGUGAGCUAAAUAAGUCUUUUCGUCUGUAUCUUGACUUGUACUAAAAUUCCUAACACCUUGUAUGUUAAUAAAAUUAGUGGGCAUAAUGACAUAUUUUGUGAUAAAAUAUGUUUUUACUUAAUAAACGAUGUCCUAUUAAUAAAAUUAGUGGGCAUAAUGACAUAUUUUGUGAUAAAAUAUGUUUUUACUUAAUAAACGAUGUCCUAUUUAAUAAAACAUAUUUAGUAAUAAUUCCCUAGAUAAUUUAUUAUGUUUAACGUUAACCCCUAAAUAAGUGUAUUAUAGACUAUAAAUAAAAAAUAUGAAAAUACAGUGUGUAAGAUUUCACCAUUUUAGUUAAUCGUUUAGUUUUUUACAUAAUGUGAUUUUUAUUUU